AUGUGCUCUGCCCAGGACAAAAGGUAUUUAAUCAAGUUUCUGGCCAAGCUAGACGAGUACGAGGAUGCUAAUAAGAUGACGCCAGGGAACAUCGCCAUCGUGCUGGGACCCAACCUGCUUUGGGAUAACAAUGAAGGGAACAUCACCGAGAUGAUGACAACCGUCUCUCUGCAGAUAGUCAGCAUUCUGGAGCCCAUUAUCCAGCAUGCAGACUGGAUCUUUCCUGGUGAGAUCGAGUUCAACGUGACGGGUAACUACGGCAGCCCCGUGCACACCAACCACAACGCCAACUACAGCUCCAUGCCCUCGCCCGACAUGGACCACUCCGAACGCAAGCAGUCGGACCAGAGCCGCCGCCCGCUCAGCGUCGCCACCGACAACAUGAUGCUGGAGUUCUACAAGAAAGACGGCAUUAGGAAAAUCCAGAGCAUGGGGGUGCGGGUGAUGGACACAUCGUGGGUGUCGCGGCGCGGCUCAUCGUCGGCACGGAAGACCUCGUCGACCCCGCCGAGCCUCCAGGGCCCCUGCCUGCCCGGGGAUGAGUUUGGGGAUCUGUACGCCUCCCCCUCCCCCACACCCCCGGGGGGCAGCAGCGACCGCGUCAGUACUUUGAAGAACAAGGAACUCUCCCCUGUGAUUGGCCAGAAAGCCAUGCAGUCAGCGCCAUCUAGUGGACACUCGCUGUGCACUGAUCAGAGUCCUCACACUCUACGGAAAGUCUCCAAGAAGCUUGCCCCCAUCCCCCCUAAAGGCUCCUACCCUCCGUCCGACCAGUCCACCGGACAGCCCUCGCCCAUCAGCCUGUCCCCGACCCCGCCGAGCACGCCGUCCCCCUACAGCUUCAGCUACCCGCAGGGCUACGCCACCAUCGCCUCGCCCAGCCAGUGCCAGUCGCAGGCCACCACGCCCCCCUCCUUCUCCGCCAGCUCCACCGGCACCCUGCCCAAGGCCCGGCCUGCACCCAAACCCCGCCAGCGGCCCAGCCUGCCCCCGCCGCAGCCCCCCAGCACCCCGGGCUCCUCCCCCCUGCCCCUGGAGCACGGCGGCCUGCUGGAGGGGCUGUCCCCUGGAGAGAGCAUGUCAACCGAAUCUUUCUGCAACCUGGACAUUCCCGCCAUCAACGUGGAGCUGGACGGCAUUCUGGAGGUGGCGUACGGCGCCCUCCACAGGCACUCUGUGGUCAUGGCGGCCGUGGCGCUGGAGGCCUCGGGCAGGGCGGAGCCAGAGGAGGACUCAGAGAGCACGGCAUUAUGACAUCACGACACCCUCACCCAAUCCCAGACCACCUCCACUGCAACCUCAUACACCAACACCCCCUCCACCACUCUUGGAUGCUAUACACCCAACCCAUGUUCUCCACCUGCACAGGAUUGGAUCGCAUCAUCUACUGCAACUACGGAGGCCUGUAGUGCCCAAAAUAGCCCUUCAUACUAGCUUUCCCUACAGACUACGACAUGACAUUGUCAAUAAACAGUAUAUAAGAUCAAUAUGAAAACAGUGUACAGAAACCAGAAGUACCACUGGCAGAACACAACCGUGAUGCAUCAACAGAGGACACAAAGUCAGUUCUUUUUUUUAAACAUCGUAACAAGUUUUUUAAUGUUGUUAUUUUUUCUGUUGUUUGUGUCUUUAUCUUUUUCUUUGCCUUACCUAUUUUGCCUUUAAUGACCUACGAAGACGGAGCAGAGCUGCAGAGAAAUUAAAUAAAAGACACUUAAGGCAUCUUUAGCGCUCUCUUUCACGACAGCUAAUCUGAUUUCCCUGCACGGUGUCGGUGAGGUCACAAUGAACAUGGCAUCUGUUCUAUCCAAUCGGGUUUCUGCUCUCAGGAGUUGGCCAAUCAGAACAACUUCCCUUUCGCUCAUUGUCCAGUGAAGUAGUGGGUAUGUCAGGUAAUGCAUAAAUUCUAAGAAUGUCCACAAAAUAAAUAGUUUAUGAUAUAACCACAAGAUGACACACUUUAAAAAAUAUAUAAGAGGAAAAUAGGAGCAACAUGACUUUAUUUUCGAAGCUGGGUUAAACAUUUAAGUUGAAGGUGUAUAUACAAAGAGAUGGGGUUUGAAUAGGGAGGGGGUAAAGAUGUACUGUGGGAAAAGAUACAUAAUCUGGUUGUUGAAAAUGGUUGAGUAUUAGACAAUUGUGUGUGUGUGUCUGUGUGCAUGUUUGUUUUAUGUGUGUGUGUAUGUGUGUGUGUGUGUGUGUGUGUGU